UCCUGUUCCGGCGCCAGGAGGAGCCGCGCGCCGCUAGUGCUGUAGCUGCUGCUGUCGUCAGUCAGGCUGCGUUCGGUUCUUCAGCGCCCAGUUCUCUGGGACCCAUCGUCGCCUCUAGACUUUGUUUCGGGGUCGGAUCUUGCCGGGAAAAUGUCUGAUGAAUUUUCGUUGGCAGAUGCACUACCUGAACACUCUCCUGCCAAAACUUCUGCCGUUAGCAAUACAAAACCUGGUCAGCCUCCUCAAGGCUGGCCAGGCUCCAACCCUUGGAAUAACCCAAGUGCUCCACCUUCUGUGCCAUCUGGACUCCCACCAAGUGCAACACCUUCCACUGUGCCUUUUGGACCUGCGCCAACAGGGAUGUAUCCCUCUGUGCCUCCCACUGCACCACCUCCAGGACCCUUUCCUCCUUCUGGACCAUCAUGCCCCCCACCUGGUGGUCCUUAUCCAGCCCCAACUGUGCCAGGCCCUGGCCCCACAGGGCCAUAUCCUACACCAAACAUGCCCUUUCCCGAGCUUCCUAGACCAUAUGGUGCACCCACAGAUCCAGCUGCAGCUGGUCCUUUAGGUCCAUGGGGAUCCAUGUCUUCUGGACCAUGGGCACCAGGAAUGGGAGGGCAGUAUCCUACCCCCAGUAUGCCAUAUCCGUCUCCAGGGCCAUAUUCUGCUCCUCCUCCUCCCCAAGCUCCAGGGGCUGCACCACCAGUUCCAUGGGGCACUGUUCCACCAGGCGCCUGGGGACCACCAGCACCAUAUCCUGCCCCUGCAGGAUCAUAUCCCACACCAGGACUCUACCCCACUCCCAAUAAUCCUUUUCAAGUGCCUUCAGGACCUUCUGGUGCUCCGCCAAUGCCUGGUGGCCCCCAUUCUUACCAUUAAGUUAACAAUGGACGAAGAGAUGACGCUUUGCUUUUUGAAGUACAUAUAUAUAUGCACGUGAAUGCAUAUAUAAAAAUUGCUGGUUUCACUAUUCAUAAGAGGGCAUUCAUGAAAGAACAACUCUUGCAACUCUCAGAGAAGAUAUCUGCCUCUUGUACUUGGAUGUACAGUUGGAACAAUCAGAUAAAAACAAAAAUCGUUCAAAUGUGAUUUGUAUUUGGUUUUCAUGGGAAGUUAAAGUGAUUAAGUAUGUUAGAUAGCUCUUUGAUAGAAUUUGUUUAAAACAUGAAACCACACACUUAAAAAUCUAAGAUGAUAUGGAUUGUUAGAAUCUGCAACUUUAUUGGCACAUUAUUUCGAGUGUUUUUUAUAAUCACUUUUUCUUUAAAUAAACACUUUGAAAAACAAUCACAUUGCCAUAAUGUAGACAAAUGAUGCCUCUAAACAUUUUGAGCUGCUCUUUCUAUAGGAUGAAUACCCCUGGUUUUCUCGAGGUUACAUUUUGGAUGUACAUUUAAAACUGUCAGUAAUUAUUGCCAGAUGUUGAGUUCAUUAGCUAGCCAGUGUUCAUUUUUAUCCUUGAGCUUUUAGUAAAAAAAAAUUUUGAGUUCCACCUAAUUUGGUUUAUUUUUUUUUUAGCCAAAUGGGCCAUACAGCUCUUAAACCUACUAUUUAGACAAUUUUUUUUUUUUUUUUUUAAUUUGGGCCAACAGGUAUGUAAAUUAUGGUCUUAGAGAAUUGACCUCUUUUUUUUUUAUUGCUUUAGAAUGGAUUAUGAGAUGUCCAUAUUGUUUUGAGAUGAGUUCAAGGAAGGAAAUAAUUCUCACCUUUGUUUUGAACCUCAAACUAGAGGAACCCUGGGGAAUUGCUUCAGAGUAACAAGUAAUUUGCAUUCCCACAAAACCUGAGGCAGGUCUUCUGCCCAGACCAUUCCCUGUAGUCCCCCUUUCCCUCAGUUCUUUAAGGAAUACAUCCUUUAUUCUUCCCUGAUGUGGAAAACUGGCACACUCUAGUGGACUAUCAUAAACAUAUAUAGCAGUUAUGUUUGGAGAACCUUAAGUCACACAGAUGUGUCUGUUCUCUUUGUACAAGUGAGACUCAAUAUAUAUUUGUCUUUCCGAGUCUGAUUAUGAUAUGUUAUUGUCUCCUGAAUAGUUUUCUGGAUCUCUUUGUAAAGUGCUUAUGGCUAACAAUUCAGUCCUGUAUUUGUUGAUAAGUAAAUAAGUAGAAUUGAGUGCCACCCUGGAAAGAAUUAUCCUCUCUUAACGCAUGAAAAUAAUAAUAAAUGGUAGAUUUCUGCAACUGAGUUUAAAGCAGUAUGACUGUUGCUUAAAAUAUUAAAUACUGUUUAUAACCACCAAAACAACUCUAGUAGCUUUUUGGCACCUUACCUUUAAAUGAGAUUGUUAGAUUUGGAAUAAAUGAGUUUGACAGUAGAACUGACCUUGUUAUUUGUUAAAUAACAUUUGAAAACUUUGAACGUAUCCAUUGGGUUUCAAAAGUGUAUUGUGGAUUUAUUGGACCAGUAUUGGAGAGAUUUAUGAUGGAGCACCAUUUUGUUUAAGAAUAAAAUAUUUAAUAGUUGUUUUUCCCACUAUUAAAAUGUCAGAAUGCCAAAUGCUGCCAGUUUAAUGGUUUGAUAGCUACCUCGUUUUAAGAAAGCAAGAUGGUCACCUUUGAGGAACAUUUGGUGUUUAAGCCUCCCUUCUUUCAAGCUUUCAGAAUUGAUAAUGGUGGAAACUAAUUUGUUCAGAUAUGGCUAAGCUGGGGAAUGUUGUUAGGCAGCUCUUACAUAGCGACACACCUGGUUUUCUUUUUCUUGCAAGGGUAGGUGGCAGCAUCUACAACACUCUUGAAAUCUGUUGUCAAAGUAGCCUCAAGUUUACAAGGUAGGUAGCCUUAGGAGAUGUCAUAAAUUAUCAGUCAGUAUCAUAAUGUCAAGGAGCCCUGGUGGUCCAGUGGUUAAGCACUCGGCUGCGGACCAAAAGGUCAGUGGUUCGAUGUGGCCGUCUAUUCUGUAAAGAUUACAGCCUUGGAAACCCUAGGCAGUUCUAGUCUGACCUAUAGGGUCACUAUGAAUUGGAAUGGACUCGAUGAUAAUUGGUAUCAUAAUGCCAGGUAGCUGCAGGGAUAAGAUGAUAGGGAAAGUGAGAUGGCAGCAAAGAUCUCUCUCCUUAUAGUUAUUUUGGUUGCCCUAAAUUGGGAUAAGUUGCCAUCUCCAGCUUUAGAUGGAGUAUUUAAUGCUAUGUUGUUAGGUGUAAUCAAGUCAGUUCCGACUCAUAGCGACCCUGUGUACAACAGAGAGGGUAUAGUGUGACUAAAAGAAGAGGUAGCAAGUUCGGGAAUCUGUAAUUAAGUCCUUUGUCUUGGUUAUGAGAGAAAAUGUUUUGCUAAAGAAUUUACAGGGCCAUGAACAGGAGAUGAGAGAUUACUCCUCCCCACGAGUGUAACUUUGUUAAUGACUCAUACUGCCUAGUGUGCCCUAGAUGAUACUGCCAUUUUAACCCUUAGUUUGCCAAGACUUUCCAACUGGAAAGUUGGGGGGGAAGGAGGACUGGGGAGCUCAUUGUUUUUGUUUUUUUUUUUUUUAAUGUAAGAAUGGAAAUCAAAGGGCUCAUAGAAUUUGCUUUUAUAUAGUUUAUUUCUGUACAGCACCAUUUCUCCAGUUGGAGGGAAUCUUAAUUUUUGUGGAUACUCUGGGCCAAAAAAUACUUUUGGGUUUAGGGUGGAGUUAAGAAAAGCAAAAGAGGUUUCAGUGGAGGAAGGGGGAAAAGCAUCUAGGAAGGUUUUUUUUUUUUUUCUUUACAAAAGAACAAUGUGGCUUUCAAAACAAGUCAUGGUAGGCUGAGAUGGUUUUAUGGCAGAGACUGCUUGUUAGUAUGUUUAAUCUUAAGGGAAUACUUGUUGGCGUUUGGGCUUUAGAGCAAGGGUUUUAAAAUAAAUUUGGUGGCGAUAAUUGAGAUGUGUUGAGGGAUAAUGUUUCUAGAGUUCAAGUCUUUGAUUUGGAAUAAAAAUAUAUAAGCAGUGCUGAGGUUGAACCUAAAAGUCACAGUGAAAAAUAAAAACUAUUUUAAAUAGAAAUAUUGCAAGUACAGUAUACCAAAACCAAACCAACCAAACCCAGUGCCGUCGAGUCGACUCUGACGCAGUAACCCUGGUGGCGUCGUGGUUAAGUGCUAAGGCUGCUAACCAAAGGGUCAGCAGUUCGAAUCCACCAGGCGCUCCUUGGAAACUCUAUGGGGCAGUUCUACUCUGUCCUAUAGGGUCGCUCUGAGUAUGAAGUACGGUAUAUAGACCUUAAAUCUUCUUCCAGACACAAUUUGCAAGCAUCAAAUUCUCCUUAAAGGAGUGUUUAAAAUACCUUGGCUGUUCUGUACAGGAUGCAGCCUGACAUCUUUUCAUGCUUUUGAAGAGCCUAUUUAUCGCUUUGACUUCACAGCACUGUUUUGUUUAAAGUAUUGAUUAUUUGGGAAUAACCGAAAUUUUUUUUUUAGCACAAGGGCCUCCUCCUCUGUCCAUUUUACUGUUCAUUCCCUUCAGUAAAGGAAAAUAGGGCAGAGUAGAAAAGGGGUGAAUUUUUGGCCUUGGUGAGUCACACCACUUCAGUAGGAUAUUGGAAUAUUUUCUAGGGAAAAAAGUCAAUUGGGUCCAUGAUGCUUUACCUCACAAAUGAUUAGUGCCACCUAUAGUACUCAAGUGUACAAUUUUUGAAGCUAUAUAGAUGAACAUUGCUCUCCUCAAAAUACUGUGCCUAAUUUACGUAUCAGUUGCCUACAUUUCUAAAUGUGUUAGUGCCAAUGUCUUCCUUUCUCACCCUGAAUAAUCUAGAGCUGGCUUUAUAAAAUGCCAGUUUUAAACCCUGGAAAAUGCAACGUAAGGACAGACCUUCAAGUGUUAAAGUAUUUGAAAGCAUAUAUCUAAAUUCAGCUGACUCACAUAAUACUGCCCUAUGCAUAGAAAGUGGUGGGUGGUUUUCAGGGAAGACUAAUCUUAACAGAGCAAUAUUUAGUAUUGAAGACAGACACUGUUCUCUUUGCAGAAUUCUGCCAAGUAAAAAAUUGCCAGUAAUCAGUGUUAAAUGCCAUGCAACUUCUGGCUUUAGAAAAUGUGAGGACUGCGUUCAUUCAGCAGACAUUUAAGUGUCCAUGGUCCAGGUGCUUUGCCAGAUGCCAGAGAUAGAGCAAUGAAAGAUCAAUCCCUGUCCUUGAGAGGCUCAUGGUCUGGGGUGGCUUUACCAAAUUAGUAGUUUUAUAUAGAUGAACAUAUUUUAAUAUUGCUGGGGGAAGUUAUAGAUCAGCUUUUGGGCAUUUUAAAGGGCAAAGUCCAGUAUACCUUUUUUUUUUUUUUCUUCUAAAAUUUCAAUGCUUAUCAGUGUAACUAUUCAAGUGUGCAGUCAUGGGAUGUUUUUCCUCUCACUUUCUCCCUAACUGAACGCACUCUCACUGCCUGUCACUGACUAGCAGAUACUGAUUUGUUGCCAUUAAGUAAACUUGACUUACGUGUGCUCUGUAAAGAUUUCUUUGUAUUUUUUCUUGAAAUUGUGAUUUUUCAUUGACUUUUUAAUGACAAAUUUAAUGUAUGUAAUUGUCUAUGCAUUUUAAGUUAAACUGCCUAAAAUGUGAUUUGAGACAUAUACAUUUGUAUUAUGAACUGUAAGCAAUUUGUUUGAGAUGUUAGAUUUUAUCACCUGCUGCUGUAUUUGUAAACAAAGACAAAUGUUGCUUUAAGAAGUAAUUAUAAUUAGGAAUAGUCUAUGGAUGUGAUACUUGAUAUUUUUUAAGAUAAACUUGUUUGCUUUUGUGUAUUAUAUCUGAACACCUUUUAAAAAAUGUAUUUUCAUGGCUUUGCAUUUUU